UGGAACACAUCGUACUGCAUGCCUGGAAAUCCCUUGUUAAAAUUCAGUAAAUCUAAUAGAAAGAAUGCUAUGACCAUCAUCAGGACCUCAUAGAUUCUAUAUUGUCAUUACAGCGGAGCACUCUCUUCUACCCAUCACUAUCUUUUGGAGAUGCCUGAUGAGAUUGGGAUCAUUUAUAUGAUAACUCUUCAAGCUGUAUCAUUGUGAAGGAUUGCAACUUUGGGAAGCUUUACUUUGCCCUGGACUGUAAAAUGCAAGACUCAGUUCAGCCCAACGUUCAUAGCAAAAUGAGAUUUCAGAAGAUGUCGGUGCAUUGCCAUCUAGUGGAUUAUAUUUAAAUGACAACGUGGAAGAUCAGCUCAGCGGAUUCUGCAUUUGGAAAUAUGGCUGCAGGUUCAUUAACUGCUACAAAACUUAUUCAAGCAAGUCAGAGGUGUGACAUUACUAUUAAGCUUCACUACAACUACACAGGAAAAUCCUUGAAAUGCAAUGGCGAUCAAAUGGAAAAGACCAGUAUGCUCUUUCUUAUCAUAUGUAGCUUUAUAGUACUGGAAAACUUAAUGGUACUUAUUGCUAUAUGGAAAAAUAACCGAUUCCAUAACAGGAUGUACUUCUUUAUUGGCAACCUUGCACUUUGUGAUUUACUAGCUGGGAUUGCUUAUAUAGUCAAUAUUCUUAUGUCUGGAGCGAAUACAUGUACUAUUUCAUUGACUGCAUGGUUUGUCAGGGAGGGCAGUAUGUUCGUUGCCCUGGGAGCAUCCACAUUCAGUUUGUUGGCUAUUGCUAUUGAAAGACACUUGACAAUGAUAAAAAUGAGGCCUUAUGACGCCAAUAAGAAAUACCGUGUGUUUCUGCUCAUCGGGACCUGUUGGCUUAUUUCCUUUUCAUUAGGUGCCUUGCCAAUUCUUGGCUGGAACUGCAUUAACAACUUAGAUGAAUGUUCUACUGUGCUACCCCUCUAUUCCAAAAAGUAUGUUGGAUUUUGCAUUAGCAUUUUCAUAGUCAUUCUGAUAGCCAUAGUCAUCCUCUAUGCGAGAAUCUAUAUCUUGGUGAAGUCAAGCAGCAGAAGAGUCACAAAUCACAGCAAUUCAGAGAGAUCAAUGGCACUCCUCAGGACUGUUGUCAUUGUUGUGGGUGUCUUUAUUGCCUGCUGGUCACCUUUAUUCAUCCUUCUUUUAAUUGAUGUAGCCUGUAAAGUUAUGGAGUGCCAGAUACUGUAUCAAGUUCAAUGGUUCAUUGCUCUAGCUGUCCUUAAUUCAGCUUUGAAUCCUCUCAUCUACACUCUGGCCAGCAAGGAGAUGCGACGGGCUUUUUUCCGCCUGGUGUGCGGCUGCUUGGUUAAGUCCAGUGCCUCACGUUCUCUACCGAUUCAGCCAACUCCCGACCAAAGCAGGAGCAAAUCCAGCAGUGGCAGUAAUUCCCCAAAACACAAAGGAUUUAUACAAACCUGUUCUCAAAGCAAAGAUGACAAAAGUGAAUCUUCAUUUCAGAAUGGAAACGCCAUCAAAUGACUUUCUGCUACGCAUAAGCAGUUGAUGGACUGCUCUGUAUCAAGGGCAAAAGAGACUAAAAAGACAGUAGAAACUGUAUAAUUGUUUUAUAGUUUUCCUGCACUUAAAUUAUAAUAACUGACGUAGUACCAUAAGG